AUGUCUGCCACAUACCAGCGUCUCGCUCAAAUCUCUAAGCAAGUGAGCCCAAGCAAGAGCGGUAGCUCUGCUAUUCUCGAGAAGAACCCAGAUGAUAUCGUUGUUACAUGUGCUCUUCGAACGGCCAUAACAAAGGGCGGUAAGGGUGGCUUCAAGGACACCGCUGCUGCCGACCUCCUGGUCGGCGCCUUCAAGGCUCUGAUUGAGAGAUCUAAGAUCGACCCCUCGCUCGUUGAGGAUAUUGCUGUUGGAUCAGUUCUGCCUCCCGGCGGUGGUGCUACUGAGUUCCGUGCUGCUGCUUUGGCCGCCGGCUUCCCUGAGACCUCUGCCGUCAAGGCCCUCAACAGACAGUGCUCCAGUGGCCUGCAAGCUAUCGUCGAUGUCGCAAAUGCUAUAAAGGCCGGUGUCAUUGACGUUGGUAUUGGAGCUGGUGUUGAGAGCAUGUCCUCUCAAUAUGGCCCCGGAGCCGUCACGGAGUUCUCUGACCUACUCGAGAACCACAUGGAGGCUGCCAACUGCAAGGUUCCUAUGGGAAUCCUCUCCGAGGACAUGGCCAAGGACCUCAAGAUCUCCCGUAAAGACCAGGACGCCUUCGCCGCCUCUUCCUACCAGAAGGCCAUCAAGGCUCAGGAAGCCGGUCUCUUUAACGAGGAGAUCGCUCCUCUCACCGUCAAGUUUGUCGACCCCAAGACCCAGGAGGAGAAGACCAUCACAGUCUCUCGUGAUGACGGUGUCCGACCCGGCAUCACCCCUGAGUCGCUCUCCAAGAUCCGACCAGCCUUCGCCGCCGACGGCUCGAUCCAUGCCGGAAACUCAUCUCAGAUCUCUGACGGUGCAGCCGCCGUCCUCUUGAUGAAGCGUUCCACUGCUGAGAAGCUUGGCCAGAAGAUCAUCGGCAAGUACGUCACAGCCAGCGUUGUUGGUGUCAAGCCUCUCCUCAUGGGCCAAGGUCCAUGGAAGGCCAUCCCCGUUGCCUUGGAGAAGGCCGGUAUCUCCAAGGGAGAUGUCGACAUUUAUGAAAUCAACGAAGCCUUUGCUUCCCAGGCUCUCUGGUGCACCAAGGAGCUUGGCCUUCCAUUCGAGAAGGUUAACCCUAAGGGUGGUGCCAUUGCCUUCGGUCAUCCUCUUGGAUGCACUGGCUCCCGCCAGGUCAGCACAUUGUUGACUGAGCUGAAGCGAACGAACAAGAAGAUCGGUGUUACCAGUAUGUGCAUUGGAACUGGAAUGGGUAUGGCCGCUGUCUGGGUUGCGGAGUAG